UAUUAUUUUACAAACUAUAAACUCAACACGUAUACGUAUAACAAAACAUGUUUCGGUAGGCUAUUGUUAACAACAAAAUGCAUCCUUUGUGACACAAAGAUGAUUUCAACGUACGGACUGUUGUCUAGUGGCACCUUUGUAAUUUUUGCGACUCUCCUGAUAGCGCAAAGUCUAUCCUGUCCAAAACACUGCGAAACGUGCAUUAACGAUAAUACAUGUGAACGAUGCGUAGACAGAUACUACAACGGUCACUGGUAUGACGAUCAAUCGUAUCCUGAAUUCAAGAAUUGCAGUCUUAGGUGCAACGAGGAUUGUAAAGCUUGCACUUCAUAUAAAACCUGUACUACAUGUAAGCCUGGAUUUUGCAUCGAUAUAGAGAAAAGAACAUGUCAAAUUCGAUGCAAUGAUAUACAUUGUGAAUCAUGUUCAUCAUGUGACGUUUGCACGAAAUGUCAUAUUUGGUAUUAUGGUAAAACUUGUGAGAAGAAUUGCGAACAUGGCUGUGAAGAUGGACGUUGUGACAUGAAAAGCGGUUAUUGUAUUUGUCGUCAAAACUUUCAAGGUCAUAGAUGUGACAAAUGCUUUUUGGGUAAAUAUGGUACCAACUGUAACAAAAAUUGCGCAAAAGGCUGUGAGGCUAACGUUUGUGACAAGCAAAGUGGAGCCUGUUUAAAAGGUUGUAAACCAGGGUUUAAAGCUCCCCACUGUGACUCAUGCGUUGAUGGACUCUAUUAUCAUGAUUCUACAUGUAAAAAUUGCCCCAACACCUGUUUGAAAUGCACAUCCUCAAACCAUUGUUCAUUGUGUAAGCCAAGAUCUUGGGGAAAUAAGUGUCAGAAUACCUGUCCUCAGACUUGUAAAUCAUGUGUUUUCGACACGAUAUGCCAAGAAUGCAUUCAAGGAUAUUACGGUCGAACCUGUAACGUUAUAUGUCCCGGAGGCUGUGAAGGCAAUAUCUGUAGUAAGAAUGACGGUCUCUGUCAGAAAUGCAAACCUGGAUAUAAUGGACAACAUUGUUACAUUUGUGACGCUGGAUUUUGGGGACAGCAUUGUAAUACGUCUUGUAGUCGAGGCUGUUUAACUGAUAGAUGCUAUAAAGAUACUGGCGUAUGUCCCGACGGGUGCAAAUAUCAAUUUACCGGAGAGAAGUGUGAUAGCUGUGUGAAUGGAUUUCAUGGAAAGGAAUGUUUGAAAUGCCCAAGAAAAUGUGUAAGUUGCACUUCAAAUACUCAGUGUAAUCAUUGUUUGCCGGGAAAUUGGGGAGCUGAAUGUGAACACAAUUGCUUACCGAAUUGUAAAGAAUGCAAGUCUAACAAUGAUUGUUCACAUUGUGAGAAAGGAUAUUUUGGACUUACGUGCUCGAUGAGAUGUCCACCAAAUUGCUAUCAAAAAACCUGUUAUCAAGAAAAUGGCUCAUGUACCAAGUGCAUGGAAGGGUUUUAUGGAGUACGAUGUGAAUCUAGAUGCCCUGAAACAUGUGCAACUAGUACUUGUAGAAUUGACGGUAACUGUGUUGCAUGUGCAGAAGGAUACUUUGGAGUAAAAUGCUCGAAUGUUUGCUCUCCUAAUUGUAAAGAGAAAUGUUUAAGAACAAAUGGUCAUUGUCGAUCGUGUAUUGAUGGAUAUUUUGGCGAUCUUUGUGAUAGAAACUGCCCCGAGAACUGUUCAAGCUGCUUAUCGGCGACAAAAUGCUUAAAUUGCAAAACAGGAUUCAAAGGUAACAUUUGUGAAAAUGAAUGUUCUAACUGCAAAUAUGGAACUAAAUGUAGACAACAUGAUGGUUACUGUGAGGAGGACUGCGCCGACGGUUUAUACGACACAAUGUGUGAUAAAACGUGUUUGAAGGAAUGUAAAACGUGUGCCAGAAGUUCACACUUUAAAUGUUCGUCUUGCAUUCACGGAAAAUACGGCAGGCGUUCCAUUAACGGGGAAGCAUAUCUAACAUGUAAAUUAGAUUGUAGUACGACAUGUUUAAAUAACAGCUGUAACGAAGAAAAUGGCCGAUGUCUACACGGAUGUUUUCAAGGACUUUGGGGAGCUAAGUGUGACUCGCUGUGCCCAACGAACUGCAAGAAUGGAAAAUGCUUUGACAACGACGGAGCAUGCUCUGAAGGCUGUAAAGAAGGAUAUUUUGGAAGAAAAUGUUCUUUGCGUUGCAAUCACAAUGAUAGUUAUUGUUCGGAAUGCUUGGCAGACGAUAACGGCCAAUAUGAAGGUUGUGUUAUGUGUACAAAGGGUUACUAUCCAACAAAUGGUCUAACUGAUCAGCUGAAACAUAAGCGAUGCGGACCUUGUUCGCCUAACUGUUCCCGUAACGAAUGCAAUACAACAAAUGGAUUUUGUCUACAUGGCUGUAUAAAUGGAUUAUGGGGAAGGAAGUGUGAGAAAUCCUGUGAUCGUAAUUGUUUAGGUUGUAGCCAAACUAACGGAGAUUGCUUGAAGUGUACCGACGGAAGAUACGGUAUCAAAUGCUUAGAAAAUUGUAGUACAAACUGCGGAAGAAGAAAUGGAGUACCCGUAUGCAGUCAAAAUGAUGGCCAAUGUUUAAAUGAUUGUAGUAAGAACACAAGUUACGGUACAUACUGUGAAAACGAAUGUAACAAGAAUUGUUUAAUUGGUGAAUGCCAAUGGAAAACAGGACAUUGCAUCCUAGGAUGUAUUAACGGCUUCCAUGGCACGAUCUGUGAUAUGCCCUGCAGCAAAAACUGUGUGAACAACACUUGUAACAGAUUAGGCGGAGAUUGUAGUGUAGGAUGUCGGCUAGGAUUUGAAGGAACAACCUGCACACGAGUGACUGGUAGGAUUGGUACAGGCGUUUUCAUAGGUACAGGCAGUGCCUUGGUAGUUAUCCUGAUUGGCAUUAUUACCACGGUAAUUUGUAUCAAAUUCCAUAAAAGAAGCAGGACCAAACCAUCACUGGAAAUGAGAGAACGACAUAGAAAUAUCAAUGUUGACCAUGUUGAAGUAGAAAAUCGGGAUGAUAUGAACAGUCGGCCAAAUGUGGCUGCUGGAAGCAGCAGGGAAAGUAGAAAUGUGGACAAUAAAACUAUUGAAACAAAGGUAGAAUACGCUAGCAUUUCAAAGACUGAAAGGUUUCUAACACAAGUAGACUCAAGCGAGGAGGUGGAAAUAGAAUUAUACGAAGAGGAAAACCUAAUGGGAGUUGAAGCGACACAGACGACAAUGUUUACAUUCAAUGAUGAUGAUACGUACUACAAUACAGCUGCGGUACUGAAAAGAAGGGUACAAAUAAACAAACUGAAGGAGUUUGUUUCAAAAAAGACAAUGGACGAUUUCAUUAAAGAAUUUAAGGAAUUACCUGUUGGACUUUUAAAACCAUAUGGGGCAUCACAAACGACGGAAAACUUUAAAAAGAAUCGCUACCGAGGAUUAUAUCCGUGUAAAGUUUUCUUCUGUAACGAAAUGCUGUAAACCAUAAUUCUUUAAUAAAGGUUUAUGAGUAUAAUCCGAAGCCACAGAUUGAAGUAUUUGGUAAACGAGCAAACUCUUAACCAGCAAUCUACUUUUCUAUGUGUUACCGUAGUGUCCCGUACGACUGGAUACUUGGAAUAUUCUAAAAAUGGUGUUCUUCUUUAAAAUUAAAGAAAUAAAAUAAUCGUUCUGAAAAAUACUUUUUACUUAAGUUAUGUGAAAUUUCUCGACUUGGACUUUAUUUCAAAUGUAACAAAACAAGUUUUGAUAAUGGUGUUUUAAAGGCGU